AUGAUGUCCUUUCCUGUGUUCCGACAUACCGGCCCCUGGAACGAAAUAAGCAGACAAGAUCGCGGGCUCCAUUUCGUAGAGUCCUACGCCACGGAAAUCACCUCAGACCUUACCUUGCCUUACUCAUCUACCAAAUUUUUCUCUCCUUCCUGCACUUUCUACGAUGCCACCGAUGUAACCUACAAAGGGGCAGGCGAUAUUAAGUCGUGGAUGCAACGCUUGUUUUCUCCGUUCGACAAACUCGAGUUCGCUGUUAUUAGCUGUCUUUCAAUCAACGAGUCAGACCCGAGAGACAAGAAGCCGAAGUACACUGUUAUCGGGGAAUUCCUUGGGAAACACUGGUUCAAGGGUGACCCGGAGCCGAUUUUGGCACCAAGAGUUAUGAUUUUCAACAUCGAUGUUAGUGAAACGGAAGAUGGGUUCGACGGCCUUCAAUACUCAAGUGUCCGGUUAUACUGGAAUACAUCGCUUGUUAGAGAUGAGAGGAUGAGAAGAGCACAGACUAAGGACAAGGCAUGA